UUCGGCAGCCGCCGGGUCUGGGCAUUUAGCAGAAGCUCCGGGAGCUCCGGUUUUCGAUUGCUAGUCGCAGGGUUUGAGCGCUCGAGGGCGGGUCGCGGUGCAUUACGUUUGCGUGCCGUAUAUACGUGGCGUGUGCGUGCGGCGUGAGAAAGCGACGGAGAGGUGGACUCGCGCACAAAGGCAAGAAAAGGCAAGAAGAGAAGAGAAACGGCAUUGGAUAGAGAGAAGGAUAGAGAGAGGAUAGAGAGAAAGGAAGAAAUAAAGAAAGAAAGAAAGAACGAACGGACACACCGAAGGUAGCAUCGCCGCUUUGCAAAGAAGAAGAAACGAGAGGAGGAGGAGGAGGGAGAGCUGUCGCGGUGUACAUGGUGUGUCACACAGUGCCGUCAAGAAGGAGGAGGAGGAAAGGAGCGGUGACCAGUGUUCUCUCUCGAGGUUAGCGGGUUUCGCGAAUACUUUAUCGCCCGGUGCUAUCGAUCGUGUGCUACGUCUCUUCGUUUUACGGACGAUCAUCUCCGUACAUCACGGAUCGUGCAAAUCCGCCUUCGUCGUUUCGUAUACACUCCUCUUCCUGUCCCUGUCACCCUUUCUCCCUCGUUUCCUUUGCGCUCUCCCCUCCCCAACCACCGUAAUAUUUCGUCCACCGCUUGUCGUCCGCCACCUCCUCUUCGCCGCGUGCGCGUUCCCCGCGACCGCCGCUCUCUUUGGGGUGCCGGCUGUGCCCUCGUCGACGCUCGCGGGGGGAAAGAAGCGGCGGGGUGACGCCGGGAGGAGCACAGGUGCAGGUGCAUGCAUAUAGACGACGGCAACGACGACGUACGCGCCGCGGCGACGAACAACACAUAGGGAGAGGGAGAACCUGUGGGACCGUGGAGCGAGGGAAAGAAGUGAAGAAGAAAGCGGAGGGGCACACACGCGAGAGCGUAGCGCGGCGGAGAGUAGUUGUGGCUGCGCGAGUGAACGGUUCACGUCGUGGUUGUUGUCGUCGUGUCGCAGUUGACGUCGUCCCUUCGGUAUUUCGUUAUUCAUCGCGCACAGUGCCGAUUGACGUAACGCCACGGCAGAAUGGACGACACCGCGGGACCGCCGCGAACGUCGGACGUGGCGGCGAUGGGAAGUGAGAGCGACGAGGCUACCUCCUCGCAGGUGCGGAAGGUUGGCGAUGAAUCGAGUGCCGCCACCGGUGCCCCCGCCGCCGCCGCCCCUAGCCCCGCUGAUGCCGCAGCCGCCGCCAUCGUCGCCGAUGCCGUCGAGUGCCGCGAUCAGGGCUCGAUAAGGGUCGCGUCCCCGGAGCCAUGCGCUGCUUCUACUUCUACCUCCUGCUCGACGACGGCGACGACGCCGCAGCCGCUGCUACCGCCGGCGUCGCAGCCAGGGUGUGGCUGCGUCGCGGCCACUGCGACCGACAAGGACGAGAUCACCGUGUGCAUCACGCCGACCACCGGCGGUCAGUUCGAGAUCACGGUGGACCGCAAUGACACCGUGGAAAACCUCAAGAAAAUCAUCUCCAAGAAGCUGAAGGUCGCCAAGGAGCGGAUUUGUUUACUAUAUCGUGAGAGGCAGCUGCGCGAGGGAACGCUUGCGGAAAACGGCCUGCUGAACGACAGUCGACUCACGCUACUACCGAGCGUGGAAACCGGACUGUUGGCGCAACGGCCGGAGCAGAGCGUGAUGCAAGCCUUGGAGAGUCUCAAUGACUCACAGGUGAACGACUUCUUGUCCGGUAAAGCACCGCUGAACCUUACGAUGCGUUUGGGCGAUCACAUGAUGCUGAUCCAACUGCAACUGUCAACUGUAACCCCGGCUUCGGGGGGAGGGCCGGCACCCGCCAAUCAGGCGGGUUCCGCCAGCGGCAAUAGCCACAGCCACGGCAGCGGCGGCAGCACCGGUGGCAUGGCCAUCGGCGGGAACACGACGAACGUCUCCAAUCUACCUGGCAGCCACGUUUCCUCCUCGCUGCAGACCAGAAGAUGUCUUUCCGCUAGAUCUUCGGGAAGUGUGAAGCCGCAGAGCGCGCAAGCCGCUGCGUCGGCCGGCAGAACGUCGCACUUCAUCAGCAGCCUCGCAAACGCCCUGCACGCCGCCGCAAGUUACAGCAACAGCAGUAGUCUACCCACCGCUAACAUCACCAACACUACCACCAGUCCGGUCUGCUCCAGUCGGGUUACAACGUCGCCCGUUUCCUCCACUAUCAGCCCGGCGCAUUCGUCGUCCAGCAACUCGAGUCAGUCCUCGCGCGGCAAUCAUCACGGCGUGUCGCCCAGCAGCGGCUCCUCCGGCACGUGCCAGCCCUAUCCGCCCUAUCACCAUCAUCUUCAUCAUCAUGGCCAUCACCACGGCCAUCACCACAGCUACCACCACCACCACCACCACCACCAUCAUCAUCACCACUCGAGGAACAAGUCCAGCUUGCCCAGUCUCUCCUCUCCUUCCUCCUCCUCUACGUCGGGUUCCGCCCCGAUUCAGGAACAGUCCGCCUCGGAGUCGGUGUCUUACGACGCGACGUUGCCAAGGAAGAAGCUCUGCGCCGGACACCAUCAUCACGGCCAGCAAUCGUCCUCGGUGACUCCCAGCGGUGUGGACGCCACGAGGAGUCAGCACGACGAGUCGAGCCCGCAGAGCCCCACCUGCACCUCGUCGCUGAUGAUGGAGCAGUCGUCGCCGCCGAAGCCCGCCACUCUCGACACCCGAGCACUCGCCGAAGCGUCCCGGAACCUCACACAGAAACUGAAGCAGCUCUCCUCUGAGGUACUCACCUCGCGGGUCGACCUCGCCGAGGAGAACGCGAGACGCAGGCAAGGUGCGAUAAUAGAGAGUAUGCAUCAUCAUGGCAAGGGUGUGUAUUCUGGCACGUUCAGCGGCACUCUGAACCCGGCCCUUCAAGAUAGACACGGCAGACCGAAGCGAGAUAUCAGCACUAUCAUUCACAUUCUGAAUGACUUGCUCUGUGCGACGCCGGCCGCAUCCGCAGGCCAUUACAGGCAUCAUCAUCACAGGCAUUCGCACGCUCGCCAACAGUCCUCGAUGUCCUCGUCUUCUGCUGGCACAACAACCACCGCAAGUGGAUCUGCUACAUCGGUCGGCUGUCAUGAUUCCACGCCAGGAUAUUCCAACGAGGAACUGUCGAAGGAGAACGAGGCGACAAAGGGCAAGAUGCGCCGGUUGCGCUUAGUCAUGGAGCAACGUCGCGCCAAGAGGAAAGCCAGGAGACAGGCGCGAGCCGCGCCGUACACUACGCAGUGGGCGGCGAUGACUCCCGCCGAUUCGAACCACGAGCCGAAGUCGACGGCGACCUCGAGCGCCACCACCACCACCAACAGCGCGGAGCCGCAAAACGAGCCUGAGCUUCAACCGUGCAGUCCCGAGCCGGUUGUGGCUUAAACACUACGUCAACACUGUCAGUCAAUUCACGGCACAGUAGUAUCCUCUAUAUCGUAUACAUAGAGUAUAAUCGUCUCUUUUCCGUUCUUACCUGUUCGCACUGAUUUAUUCCAAAAGAAAGAAAGAAAAAAAAAAGAAACGCAGGGUCCUAACGACGUAAUCACGUUAAUUUCAGUGUAACUCGUUCUGAUCGACACGUAACCAAACGCUGCAACGUCUUAAAUGUUUUAACAUUAAUUUGAUGUUCGUCUUUGAUAAUCGAUACGAUUGAGAUCAUUAUCGCGGGUUCAAGUCUUUGUCCAUAUGAUGCAAAUAUCUCGAUUCUCCGUUAUAUUUUGCGCUAUAUUAUAUAAACACAUGUCACUUGGAAGAAUAAGUUAACUAAUGGGUCGGAGAUUCGUCUCCCCUUGAAUUAUAAUGUUCGAAUUGAGGAUUAUCUCGCUUAGUGUGAAGUCUAUUAUUUUUUUUACACAUAGUAUUCAGAAUACAUUUAAUCAAUAUACUGUUUUUUUCUGCUCAUUUUUCGUCAAUUUUUAGCUUAAUUGCAAGAUCGCGGUUCUGCGAAACUCGGAAUUUCAUGCAUUAAUGCAAUGCGCAAUAUUUAUGCAUUAAUUUAUAGUCACAUAAUCAUGUCUUUCCAUGGCUUUUUUAUAUAUUUUGUGAGAACGAUUGUUUGCUUAAAAUUAUUUUUCAUAUUGAUGAUUAUAACUUCAUAUUAAUUAUUGAAUGCUGCGCGAAUAUAUUUUUUUAUCUAAUUUUGCCGUCUUCUCACUGUCAAUUUAUUCUUCAUUUGCGUUAGUAUUUAUCAUAUUUCGAAUUCAUGCAAUCUAUAAUGUCAAGCUGUAAAUGUUUCGGUGAGAAUUGAAAUAAAUGAUAGUGCGUUUACACAUUACGCAAUAUAUAGCGCAAUAUUUAUCGCUUUAAUAAAUGUAUGACUUUCAUUAUGUCUGACAUUAUCGCUAUGUAUUUUUUUCGUAUAACGGAGAACUGGAUAUGUUAUAGAUAUCAGUCCAAUUUUAUGGAUAUUGACGAUUAACAAAACGAUGAUCUCGCAGUGUUUGGACUCAGGACUUGAUCGUAGUUGACAAUAAUUACGCUCGGCGAAUGAAUCAGUGUGACGGUUUUAUGUAUCUACACAUCGACAUCGCGCGAGAAGUCGAUGAUCGUUUUGAGAGAAGAGAGAGAGAGAGAGAGAGAAAGAGAGUGAGAGAGAGAGAGAGAAAGAAAGAGCAAAAGCUCCUAUUAAGGCUCCUAUUAAUGAAUCCUAUUAAGAAACUUCCUGCUAGGAUUAAAACUCGCCGAUAAACACACCACGCGUUUAAGAAACAAAAGAAUAAAGAACAGUAUCGCCAUCGUUUUAACUGUGCGGUUACUCCACGAUAAUUAUUCUCUCGCUAUCGGGCACUUUAAUCGAAGUCUUCUACGUAGAUGCGAGUAGGACCUUAAUCGUGCGCGCUGUACGGAUUGCAUAGAAAGACUGUUUCGAAAAGCAAUGGCAGAGCUCGCGUCUCGCCGAGCUCUCGACGAGGAAUUGUUGUCGUGUGAAAUGAUAAAGAGGAAAAAAAAAGAAGAAGAAGAAAUCUGUGUGUGCGUGAAAUUUUUGCAAAUUUGUAUUUCGUGUCUCUUACGGACUUGAUCGAAAUCGUCGCAAUUUUUUAUAAAUAUCAAGUGUACUUUUCAACGUUAUCUUUACAUUUAGUUUUGUAUACGACAUAGGCAAAUGACAUUUGUUGCAAUACUUUCCAUUAAUCUUUCUCAUCGGCUGCUCAUUGGAUGUCGCGCACAUCGAAUAUAUUUUUUGUCCAAUGUUGCUGUUUUCCCAGUGCCUGAUGAAGCGAAAAUUAGCAAGGCGCAGGGUACGCCGUAUUCUUAUUCAAAGUUUCUUUUUCUUAUUGUUUGCACUUGUUGUUCGUUCUCGAUAUGUCAAUAUUUGUUCGUUUAUGUUCGAAGUUUGUGCAAUCUGCCCUUCAGGGCAACAUCUAACGAUAACUCCAGAAAUUUAUAUUUAAGACAUUAACGUUUCGAUUACACAAAAUGAGAGAAAAAAGUAACAAAUAAAUGAAAAAAAAGUGAAAGCGAGGGAAAUGAAAGAUUAUUUUGUAUGUGAUGCGCAGGAUGAUCCAGAGACAGAGAGAUCAUAAUGUUAUAUAUCUAAGUAGCAUGAGAAGCGGAUCAAUCAAGUCGAAAACAGGAUAUUCAUAUCAGUUUUUGUAGAGUAUACACAUUUUGCGAUAUGGUGUAAUCGCUGGUGGAAUCAUCUGAACACUUGGUUGCCCCUUGUUAGGAACUACACUAGAUAUUAUUCUUGGAAGAGAAAAGAUAAUAGCGGAAAAAUAAAUGAUGAAGGCGUAUAUAAAGACGGUUUUGUAGCUGAAAAGUUAUGUGAUCGUACUGCAUGGCAUGCUACGACGGCACGAUUUGUUUAAGAUAAUUAGGUACUAGAGAUAAUACAAAAAAUGUCACAUGCUACUAAGUACAUUGCGUUUUAGGUUUACUUUUAGGAAAGAAGAAAAUAUUACCAUUAUUACAUUAUUAUAUAUAUAUCGUUAGUACCGCGCUAUUACAAUUUUUGCAAAACUGGCUCAAUAUUGUAAUAUACGACUACCGGAACAUUUCGAGUACCAAAAUAAAUAAGAUUGCUUGCUAA